UUUUUUUCUUUAUUCUCUAUUCUAUUUAUAUUAUUUUAAUUAAGCUCAUUUAUAUUCACUUUUAAUAAACAAAUCAAACUCAAGCAUAUUUAUCUGACUCGAUUUGAACACAAUUCAAUUAAACUUCGCCCAAUUCAACUUGUUGGUAAUAGUCACUAAUGUAAAACAAAUUAACUGAAGGGAUGAACUGUGAUAACUGAAAAAAAAAAAAUGAAAAACAUAAAACAAAUUAGCUAUGGCUACUUUUUCACCACUUCGCCUGAAAAAACUUCGGAAGGCAGUAAGAGAAAUUUUUGAGCUUUAAGUUUCCGGCCGCCAGUUGCCGAUAAUACUUACUGAGAUCGAAUUCACGUUUCCCCCUUUUACAGCCUCACGCGCCUCCGCCGCGCGUGUUCUGUAAUCAUCAUCGCCGUCAUCAAUUGCCACCGAUCAUAAUGCUCUCAGACACCUAAUGAAUCCCCGGCCCAAACACAGAUCGCCGCCGCUCACCGCCGCCUAUCUCCAAUCUCCGCCCCUAUCGCCGCCUCCCCACGCCCCCAAAGCGUUCGCUUCGAAGAUGCCCCGAAAAUCCUUCACGAGACCCACCCUCGCCAUCGCCGUCCUCCUGGUCCUCAUAACCCUAUACUCCUUCCUCCUGUACGCCCCUCCCAAUUACAACACCAACACCUCAAUCAAUUUAGGCAACGAUCGCAGGUUUCGUUCUCCCGACGGUAGGGAGGUGAGGAUUUUCAUGUACGAUUUGCCGAGGAGAUUUACAUACGGAAUAAUCGAGAGUUACGCGGCGGCGCGUGGCGGACGAGCUGCGGAGGACGACGCGCAUCUCAAGUACCCUGGGCACCAGCACUCCGCUGAGUGGUACCUAUUCUCCGACUUGAAUCGUCCGGCUGGGGAGCGGGUCGACUCGUCCGUGACUCGGGUCAUGGACCCUGAAGAAGCUGACCUUUUCUACGUGCCCUUUUUCUCCUCAUUGAGCCUCAUCGUGAACCGGAUCCGUCCUGUUUCGAAUUUCUCACAAGAUGGGGCUGUAUACAAUGAUGAGCAAACCCAGGAAGAUUUGAUGGAGUGGCUGGAAGAACAAGUGUACUGGAAGAGGAAUAAUGGGUGGGAUCACGUAUUUAUAUGUCAAGAUCCAAAUGCUCUAUAUAAAGUUAUCGAUAGGGUGAAAAAUGGGGUGCUGUUAGUUUCUGAUUUCGGGAGGUUGGCUCGCAAUCAGGCUUCCUUAGUGAAGGAUGUGAUUCUCCCUUAUUCCCACCGGAUUAAUACAUAUAAGGGUGAUGUCAGUUUGGAGAAUCGCAAAUCCCUGCUCUUCUUUAUGGGAAAUCGGUACCGUAAAGAGAAUGAAAAGGAUGUUAUUAUCAAGCAUGGGGCACAGUCUAGGGAGAGUCGACGUGCAGCAUCACAGGGAAUGCACUCAUCGAGAUUUUGUUUACAUCCAGCUGGCGAUACUCCAUCAGCUUGCCGACUUUUUGAUGCUAUUGUGAGUUUAUGUGUUCCGGUUAUAGUGAGCAACUACAUCGAGUUGCCUUUUGAAGAUGUUAUAGACUACCGAAAGAUUGCCAUUUUCGUUGAUACAAACACGGCUGUUAAACCGAGAUAUUUGGUAAAAUUGCUUAGAAGAGUGAGUCCAGAGAAGAUAAUGGAAUUCCAGAAUGAAUUGAAAAAGGUGAAGAGAUACUUCGAAUAUGAGGAUCCAAAUGGGACAGUGAAAGAAAUAUGGCGCCAAGUUGCUUCAAAGCUGCCUCUUAUUAAACUUAUGAGUAAUCGUGACAAGCGCAUUGUAGUUCGAGAUUUGGCUGAACAAGACUGCUCUUGCCUCUGCUCGAACCAGUCCAGGAUUCACACGACCCUUUGAUUGAUAUUUUGAUGGAAUUUAAUAUUUUUCAAGCAGGGGAAUCUAUUUACAUGCUUCGGGUUGCUAAAAAUCACUAUUUUAUCAUGCGACAAAAGUGCCAAUUUUCAUCGUGGCUAGGGUUUUUGGUGUAGAGUAUUAUUAUUAUUAUUAUUAUUAUUAUUAUUAUUAUUAUUUAAUAGGUGUCUUAGAGAGUAAGUUAGUAAUUUAAUAUUAUUAUUUAAUAUUUAAUAAGAGUUCUUGUCUUGUUGGACAAGUUAAGGUUUAGGGUUAGGAGCCUUAUAUAAAGGACUUCCUCUAGUUUAUUUU